CUAGCAUGUGGUCUGUUUUUGGCUGAAAUAAAACCAAUUCACACAACCUGAGUCAGUAACUAGCUCCUGCAGGCCAUAGUAACUGAUGGCGAUGGUAGUAGAUGAUGGUAGGUAAUGGUGGUAGGUGACUGUGUUGUACUGCUUGCUACAUGUCUCCCUUCUGCAUACAGCUACAUGUCAACCUUCUCCAAUACAGCUACAUGUUGCCCUUUUCCAUACAGCUACAUGUCAACCUUCUUCAUACAGCUACAUGUCAACCUUCUCCAAUACAGCUACAUGUCAACCUUCUCCAAUACAGCUACACAUCAGCCUUCUCCAUACAGCUACAUGUCAACCUUCUCCAAUGUAGCUACAUGUCACCCUUCUCCAUACAGCUACAUGUCAACCUUCUCCAAUACAGCUACAUGUCAACCUUCUUCAUACAGCUACAUGUCAACCUUUUCCAAUACAGCUACAUGUCAACCUUCUUCAUACAGCUACAUGUCAACCUUCUUCAUAUAGCUACAUUUCAACCUUCUCCAAUACAGCUACAUGUCAACCUUCUCCAAUACAGCUACAUGUCAACCUUCUCCAUACAGCUACAUGUCAACCUUCUCCAAUACAGCUACAUGUCAACCUUCUCCAUACAGCUACAUGUCAACCUUCUCCAAUGUCAACUUUCUUCAUACAACUACAUGUCAACCUUCUUCAUACAGCUACAUGUCGCCCUUCUCCAUACAACUACAUGUCAACCUUCUUCAUACAGCUACAUGUCGCCCUUCUCCAUACAACUACAUGUCAACCUUCUUCAUACAGCUACAUGUCAACCUUCUCCAGUACAGCUACAUGUCAACCUUCUUUAUACAGCUACAUAUCAACCUUCUUCAUACGGCUGCAUAUCAACCUUCUUCAUACAGCUACAUGUCAACAUUCUUCAUACAGCUACAUGUCAAUGUUCUUCAUACAGCUACAUGUCAACCUUCUUCAUACAGCUACAUGUCAACGUUCUUCAUACAGCUACAUGUCAACCUUCUUCAUACAGCUACAUGUCAACCUUCUUCAUACAGCUACAUGUCAACCUUCUUCAUACAGCUCCAGAUGAAAGAAGCUAUAAAAAUCAUAAUGUUGGGUAAGAAAAACUAUUAUUUUCAAAGAAUUAAGAAGAACUUUUUUUUUUUUAACUUACUGGGAGGUGUUAUAAACACAGCCCUGUUUUCCCCAUAUGUUAUUCAUCCCAUAAGUCGCUAAAAUCAUUAGUAGCAUCACUUUAGGAGCAUAACCCAAGAAUUAUGGACGUCUACUGUAUGUUAAAGUGUAAUAUUGGUCAGGAGUUUUCUCAUCUUUUUAAAUUCUCUUAUUAAUUGUUUCUCCACUGCCUUUUUUCUCUCCUAAACUUCUGCUUUUCAAAAUGUUAUUUAUAUUUUAGACAUAAAACAAGGCAUAAAACAAGAAUUUUAAAGCAGGAGAAGUAGUCAGCAUAUUUUUAGGAGGUAAAUAGGUAAUAAAUAUAUGAAUUUUAUGUAUAAUGUAAUGUAUUAAUGAAUUAUUGCUACACUAAUGUUAAUAAAAGUAUGUAAUCUCUAGGUACUUAAAGGAUUAUGAUUACUACGAGAGGUGCUUGACGGAGCGACAAAGAGAGGAGAACCCCAUAAAGCCACUCAAGCGAUCACGUAACACUGCCGGAUGUCUCUGCUUCACGUCCAAGAGCCGUAGGAAUGCUGAGAAACAAAACUAUCGCACAAUGACCUGGGACACCUUAAACGUGUUGCGGGCUUCUCUGAACCGGGUCAGAAAGUGGACAUCUGCCGGGUCACGAAAUUGAUAUGCAAGAUAUGCACAGACUUCUGCCAGCAUUCUUUCAGCUUCCCAAUUUUGUUAUGAGAAGUGCUGCAAAAUUCUUGAGCAACCACUGAGCAACGACGACAACAAAUUAUUUAAGUUAAACACUUCACUAAUUAUGCAGUAAAAUUUGAGUGCAUUUUAAGAUUUUCCGUGCAUUACUGAGUUAUUUUUUACAGUGUUUGUACAGAUAAACAAAUAUGCAUGUAGAUGCUUUAUAUGGAU